AUUUUAAAAUCCGAAGACGAGAGUUUUUACACCUGAAUCUGGUUGGACAAUAACAGUCCAAUCACACAGCAGAGUCAAACUAUACAAUCACAGGGCCGGAGGUUCUUUCACCUUAAAGGUACAGGAGAUUUCAAGAUGGCCGACGGUGCUGGUUCAGCUCAGGGUUUUACAGACAAGUUACAAAAAGUCACCACAGACAGAAAUCCAGAUCACAGUGUUCAGGAUGGGCUCAGAGGGACAGCAGGACAUUGAGAUGUCUAUCCUCACAGCUCUGCUCAAAGGUACGAAUGCGUCGGCAUCAGAUCAGCUGAGUCUGGCUCUGGCCUGGAACAGAGUGGACAUCGCUCACAGUCAGAUCUUUGUGUACGGACACCACUGGCCUCCUGUGAGUGCCUUACCCACCGACCGUCCUAAAAGCCCAGUAGCUCAGAGACCAGCAGCAGGAGGAGGAGGAGGAGGAGGGAAAGGGAAGGCUAGAGGGAAGAAAGGAAAAGGAGGAAAAACUAAACCUGAACCACCUGAGGAGACUGACCCCAGGAAACUGGAGCUGCUCAACUGGGUAAGAGGCUAA